AGUCCAGAGUCUCUCCAGUAUUUCCAGGAGGAUCGAGGUAACCACUUGGGGUCCACCCAGCCUCUCCUCCUCUGCUGGUGGCCAUGAACGACGUCGCGAUUGUCAAGGAGGGCUGGCUGCAUAAGCGAGGAGAAUACAUCAAAACAUGGCGGCCACGCUACUUCUUGCUAAAGAGUGAUGGGACCUUCAUUGGCUACAAGGAACGGCCACAGGAUGUGGACCAGCGGGAGUCACCCCUCAACAACUUCUCAGUUGCACAAUGCCAGCUGAUGAAGACAGAGCGACCCAAACCCAAUACAUUCAUCAUCCGCUGCCUGCAGUGGACCACGGUAAUUGAGAGAACGUUUCACGUGGAGACCCCCGAGGAGCGGGAAGAAUGGACCAAAGCCAUACAGACAGUGGCUGACAGCCUGAAAAAGCAAGAGGAAGAACUGAUGGAUAUCCAAUCAGGCUCUCCCAGUGACAAUUCUGGGGCUGAGGAGAUGGAGGUAUCAACGACCAAGCCCAAGCACAAAGUGACAAUGAACGAGUUUGAAUACCUGAAGCUGCUGGGCAAAGGCACAUUCGGGAAGGUGAUCCUGGUGAAGGAGAAGGCCACCGGGCGAUACUAUGCCAUGAAGAUCCUCAAGAAGGAAGUGAUUGUAGCCAAGGAUGAAGUGGCACAUACUCUUACAGAGAACCGAGUCUUGCAGAACUCAAGGCACCCCUUCCUGACAGCACUGAAAUACUCGUUCCAGACGCAUGACCGCCUUUGCUUUGUGAUGGAGUAUGCCAACGGAGGAGAGCUGUUUUUCCAUCUCUCCCGAGAGCGGGUAUUCUCCGAAGACCGAGCCAGGUUCUAUGGGGCAGAAAUUGUGUCUGCGCUGGAUUACUUGCAUUCUGAGAAGAAUGUGGUAUACAGAGACCUCAAGUUGGAAAACCUAAUGCUGGACAAAGAUGGUCACAUCAAAAUUACCGACUUUGGCCUGUGCAAGGAGGGGAUCAAGGAUGGUGCUACCAUGAAGACCUUCUGUGGGACUCCAGAAUAUCUGGCCCCUGAGGUGCUUGAGGACAAUGACUAUGGACGGGCAGUGGACUGGUGGGGCCUGGGAGUGGUGAUGUAUGAAAUGAUGUGUGGCAGGCUGCCCUUCUACAACCAGGACCAUGAGAAAUUAUUUGAGCUGAUUCUCAUGGAGGAGAUCCGAUUUCCCCGAACGCUCUCCCCGGAUGCCAAGUCUCUCCUGUCAGGGUUGCUGAAAAAGGACCCUAAGCAGAGGUUAGGUGGGGGACCAGAUGAUGCAAAAGAGAUUAUGCAGCACAAGUUUUUUGCUGGCAUUGUAUGGCAAGAUGUCUAUGAAAAAAAGCUGGUGCCUCCAUUUAAGCCACAAGUCACAUCUGAGACAGACACCAGGUAUUUUGAUGAGGAGUUUACAGCCCAAAUGAUCACCAUCACCCCUCCUGACCAAGAUGACAACAUGGAAUGUGUGGAUAACGAGAGACGGCCCCACUUUCCUCAGUUCUCAUACUCUGCCAGUGGGACAGCUUGACGUGUGGCCAGCCCGAGGCAUUCAUUCCGAAGCAAAUACAGACUGCAAUUGGGGGAACUUGGGUUUCAACAGACACCAGGGACU